UUCAAAACAACUACUUACACAAAUCCGAACAUGUUGUGGGUAAUACUUUUUAUUAAUUUAUUUAUAACAUCUGGUUAUGCGACUAAAAAUAGUCAACAUCAUGAUGAGCAUCAUCAAGAGCGAAUUUUUGGUUGGCCUAAUAGCUGUCGAACUUACAAUGAUACAAGCGCAUCUUUACAACAAUCAAUUAAUAACGAUAAGUUGAUUUAUAUGGUUUUAACGACAAGACCCUUCACCGGUCAAUGUUUUAAAUGUUCCCCAGCAGGAUCUGGCAGUUCAACUUAUUUUAACUGCAAUAGAGACGUCUUAAUUCCACGUAAUUUUAAUAUUGAAAACCCGAAAAUAGUCAAAUACGUCCCUAAGGAAUACGUAAUUGUUUAUUCGUGCAAAAACGUUGGACUAUUUAUACCUCGAUGGGAAGAGUCCGUCUAUGUGUUAACCGCUUCUUCUAAAUUGACUUCAGAUAGAGAAAGAGAAAUUAGAGAUAUCAUUACUGGUAUGAGACUUCUUUAUAUUGCAAUAAACACUCGUCUUAUUUGCCCUUGAAAUGUAACGAUAAAUUGAAAUAAAAAGUAUAUCUUUCAAAAAUAA